CUUCCGGUCCUGCGUCGGCGCUCCGGGCGCUGUGGCAAUGGGCUCCCUGUAGCGAGAGAGCUGGGCGGAAGUGGUCUUUUCCGUUUGGCAGCCGAGUGUAAAGCAUUGCUUGAGGUUGGUCAGAAACUUAUUUUUAAACUGGCUGUAAGGCUCUGAGAAAUUACGUAGUCCUUCCUGAAACCACUAAGAGGAAAAAUGUCUGUGACACUGCAUACAGAUGUAGGUGAUAUUAAAAUUGAAGUCUUCUGUGAGAGGACACCCAAAACAUGUGAGGUUUCUGCUGCAUCAUUUCUCAAUCAUUAUUUUUACUCUCUUCAGAAUUUCUUGGCUCUUUGUGCCAGUAAUUACUACAAUGGAUGUAUAUUUCAUAGGAAUAUCAAGGGUUUCAUGGUUCAAACAGGAGAUCCAACAGGAACUGGAAGAGGCGGCAGCAGUAUAUGGGGCAAGAAGUUUGAGGAUGAAUACAGUGAAUAUCUUAAGCACAGUGUUAGAGGUGUUGUAUCUAUGGCUAAUAAUGGCCCGAACACCAAUGGAUCUCAGUUCUUCAUCACCUAUGGCAAACAGCCACAUUUGGACAUGAAAUACACCGUAUUUGGGAAGGUAAUAGAUGGUCUGGAAACUCUAGAUGAGUUGGAGAAGUUGCCAGUAAAUGAGAAGACUUAUCGACCUCUUAAUGAUGUACACAUUAAGGACAUAACUAUUCAUGCCAACCCAUUUGCUCAGUAGCUGUAAUAGACCUGGACAAAUAACUUGACAAAUUGCUGGAACACACUUAUUGUGGUUUACCCUGUUUUAAUUAUGUACCUCCUGAAUCUAAAAAUUUUUUAGAGAUUCAUCUCUAAAUUUUUCAGAGAUUACAUCAUCCUUCUGCUUGUUUACAACUAUGAUCUUCUACGAAAUGAUGAUACCAAGGGGCACCCAACAGCUUUUAUCCCCAUUCUUAGAGCAUAGUCUUUAUUAUAACCAUUAUCCAACAUAUUUCUUUAAUUUUAAUACAAAAAAUACAUCAUUUAAUUUUUGUUACAUAUAAACAUUCAUUUUUAAAUGCUGAGCCUCAAGUGCAGGCAUUUUUUAGCGGCCUGAUUAUGUAUUCCUACCAGAGCAAGUCCAUAUCCUGGAAGUGUUACUUUAUAAUAAAAUUAAAAAUGUUUUAAGGAAUUAAA